AUGAUGCACAAUGAUGAUGGUUUUUAUGGCUUGGUACCUCAGGAUGUUAUUGAUGACAUGGCAGAAAAAACAAGAAUCUGGCAUACAGAAAUGGCAGAACUAGAGAGCAUGAAGAAGGUGGUUGAGAAUGCACUGAAUAAAUAUAACAAGUCUCGACAAGCACCUGCUUCAGAGUCAAUUAAACGUUAUAAAGAGAUGAAUAAAUCUGGGGUCAAACCGGGAGUUCAUCCAGUCUUUGGUGAUUUUGACAGUAUAAAAGAAGAUGGACGAUUACAGUUGUUAAAUGCAUUGAAGUCAUACAAGGCCAACACAACAAUAUUUGAAGUAAAUGCCACGUCUAAAACAAGAGCAUUUGACGUGAUGAAGAAGAAGCGUGGUUACCAUCAAGGAGUGAUAAAACAGCAGGUCAAUAGGUUGGUAGGGGAGACAACUCCAGCAUACAGAGAAACUGUCAACAAACAAGAUGCAGCAGAUGAGGAUGACUUAACAAAUGCUUUCAAUGUUGUGAUUGGUAAAAAGAGGCCAUGUCAGACAACUGAAGACCCAGGUACAAAGAAAAGGAAAGUGGAAAUAAGAGAUGAAGAGAACUAUCUCCAUUAUAAACCAUCAGACUUUGAUACUGAGAGCAGGAUCAGAGCUAAGGACAGUAUAAAGGUUAUUCCUGAUUUUUUUAUAGAAGAAAAAAAACCAUUUAGACUGUUUCCUGGUAAAUUUAUAAUAUGGGGCUACCAAAAAAUGGCAUUAUGA